AUAUGGAUAGAGUAAUUGAAUUUCAGGAUAUUAUGAGAUUGUGUAUAAUAGGAACCAGUGGUUAAUUCAAGCAAAAAGCAUCUUAAUAUCCAGAUCCUGCUCGAUUGGAAUCUAUUGCUCUAUUUCAUAAUGAGUAAUAAUGGAAUAAUAGAUACCAAGUGUUUCGUAUGCUUUAAAUAAACAUGAUAAUAAUAGUGGCCCUUAUUCUUUUGAAGUUUAAUAUUUUAGCUGAUUAUAUAUGUUGA